AUGCCCCCCGGUGACCUACCAGCCAGCCUGGUCGCAGGCAAACCCAGCGGCCGUCCUACUGUCAACACCUCUGGCUACGGGGCUAGCUACACAAAAAAUACACCCACCUCUCCCGAAGACAGUCUCAUUCCAUUUGAAUCACCAAGCACACGAACCGGUGGUCCAAGCCCAGUCACACCAGUGAAUCAAGACGAUGGUCGCUUGAGUCGCGGGCUGGGUCCCGACCAGGCCCACUAUCGCGACCGUUCAACACACUCGGCCCCCCGAGACCGAUCCCGAGUGAACGGGCGUCAGCAUAAUAAAUCCCCGGGUGGCUCCUCGCGCCUGUGCCAAAAGUGUGGUGAAUCGCUCACUGGUCAGUUUGUGCGGGCUCUAGGGGGUACUUUCCAUCUAGAGUGUUUCAAGUGCGAGGAUUGUGGCGAAAUCGUUGCUUCAAAGUUCUUUCCCGUGGAUUCGGAGGAUGGCAGCUGCCAAUUUCCGCUGUGUGAGACCGACUACUUUAGACGACUGAGUCUUCUUUGUCACGAGUGUGGUGGAGCACUACGAGGAUCAUACAUUACUGCGCUGGACCGCAAAUACCAUAUCGAGCAUUUUACUUGUUCAGUUUGUCCGACCGUCUUUGGUGCCCAGGACUCCUACUAUGAACAUGAAAGCAAAGUCUACUGUCACUUCCAUUACUCGACUCAGUUCGCUCAGCGGUGUCAUGGGUGUCAUACGGCAAUUUUGAAACAAUUCGUUGAGAUCUUCCGUAACGGCCAAAAUCAACACUGGCACCCGGAAUGCUACAUGAUUCACAAGUUCUGGAACGUGAGAUUAUCUCCUGCGGGCCAGACUUGGGAGCCUCCACCAGUUGAUGAGGAUGCGACCGAGGAAGAACGGAAACAAAUCCGUGAAGAAGAAGAUAUCAUGGAGGACAAGGUUUUCAACAUCUGGAACACACUCUCAACGUUCGAGGAAUCAUCUGCUGCUUGCAUCUCCGACAUGCUCCUCCACGUCAGCAAUGGCGCCUACCUUGACGGCGUUCUUGUCGCCAAACGCUUUAUUGGUCACGUCGAAAUUCUCUUUAGCGCGGUCGACCAAUUAGCGAACUAUAUCAAAUCCCACGAGUUGAAGGGUGAGUCCAUCGGUCCCUUGGAUUCAUCUGAACCAACAGCUAAUGUUACAUCAGAACUUUCUUAUGGCCGCGAAGCCAAACUUCUCUGCAAGAAGAUUGUCGCCUUCUUCGCUCUUUUGUCAAAAACCCAAGAGACCGGAGUGCGCAAACUAGGCGUCACACAAGAACUUCUGUCUUUGGUGACUGGUCUUGCUCAUUACCUCAAGCUCUUGAUCCGCAUCGGACUGCAAGGUGCACUGAAGCUUGAGCGAGAGAAAUCAGCACCUGAUGGGUUGCACAACUUCCUGCAGCAUCUUCGUGAUCUCGAAACACUCGCAGAAAUGGAAGACGAGAGAGCUUCACUUGAUCUCAUGACUGGGGUGGAGGGGUUGGCUGAUCAGUUGUCAGACUGCUGUAUUGCCUGCAAAGAACCAAUUGACGACGAAUGUGUUUUGUUGGGACAAAGUCGUUGGCACAUUAAGCCUCCUCAUCUUACGUGCUCUACAUGUGAGAAGGAUCUGACUGCCGAACUCUCCGAAGCAUUAUGGAGCGAAUCUGAGGAACAAGUCUACUGCAAUGACUGUGCCACUCAGAAGAACCUUGGAUCCACGGUCUACGGUGGUUUCGUCUCAGUGUCAAAGCUGCAGCAAUUCAUAUUCUUGCUGAAGGUGGCGCUGGCGCGACUUCUCGCUGUACUUCGGUCUGGAGGGACUUUGCCCCACACCUCAGAUGACCCCAAUCUGCAGGGAUAUGAAGACAAUGAAGGCCAUCGAGCGCCUGGCGACGGUCGCCGUCCAAAUAGACGUUCUUAUUCUUACACUGGGGGCUCCCGGGACGGAUUUGAAGAAUCGUCCCUUGAGCAGACCGUGGGUGAGAUGCGUCGUCUACGAUCUAUUCGUAAUGAGCGAACUCUCUCCACAACAUAUAAGAGAGCCCGCGCAUCACGGAUCAUUGAUGGCCCUGAAGGACGAAGUGCCCGUCCAGGAUCCUCCGGCAACGAGGGAUCUGAUCCACGGGGCGCUGGAUUCCAGAUCGUCGAGGAAAGAGAUGCAAAUGGUGACACUGUGACCGAUUUAACAUUCGGUACACAAGAUGCUUUGACGCUGGACGAUAUUCCACGCAUCGUCGCGGCUGAGCAGGCCAAGGAGCAACGACCCAACGCAUACAAACAUGCUGGUACAAAGCUCGUUGGUGGGAUAGAGCCCAUGCCCAGAUACAACCGCGGCCAUCAACGCGGAGUGUCGAGUGGAAACCUAGAGGCACUCAUGGAGCCUACCCGGUCCAAGCGAUAUUUCUCUGAAUUAACAGCUUUGGAGUACUUCAUCGUCCGCCACGUUGCUGUGUUACAGAUGGAACCCCUGUUGGAUGGCUAUUUCAAUAUGGAGGAAUUGCUUUCCCUCAUCGAGUCGCGCAAACCUACUAUUUGGAACAUCUUUGGUCGUGCCUUCAAGGACAACAAGAAGGGUGGCAAGAAGAAGGGUGUCUUCGGUGUUGGCCUGGACUACCUGGUUGAAAAGGAGGGCACAGAAUCAAGCCACGGUGUUGGCCCUGGUGCGCUUCGCAUCCCAACAUUGGUCGACGAUUCCGUUUCUGCUAUGCGACAGAUGGAUAUGUCUGUGGAAGGUGUUUUCCGAAAGAACGGCAACAUCCGGCGACUGAAGGAUAUUGCGGAGACGAUUGAUACCAAGUAUGACCAAGUUGAUUUGACAAAGGAGACCCCUGUACAGAUUGCAGCACUCUUGAAGAAGUUCCUUCGUGAGAUGCCUGAUCCCCUAUUGACUUUCAAGCUUCACCGACUCUUUGUCAUUUCUCAAAAACUACCCGAUCCAGAGAAGCAGAAGCGAGUACUGCACUUGUCAUGUUGUUUGCUACCCAAGGCUCACCGCGAUACUAUGGAAGUUCUAUUCGCCUUCUUGAACUGGACAUCAUCAUUCUCACAUGUGGAUGAGGACUCUGGAAGCAAGAUGGACAUUCAUAAUCUUGCAACUGUCAUCACGCCUAACAUUCUCUACCCCAAUGCCAAGAACAGCACCGUGGAUGAGAGCUUCUUGUCUAUUGAGGCUGUCAACGCCUUGAUCACGUAUAACGACGCCAUGUGCGAGAUUCCGGAAGACCUGCAAUCGAUUUUGAGCGACCCGACUCUUUUCAGAGAGAAUGCUGAAGUAACGACCAAGGAAAUUUUGAAACGCUACGGUGAUAUUGCGCGAGGCAGCUUCUCACAGAAACCUGAGAACGGUGGUGAAACGUUCACAAUCACCACACCCAACCGCAACAACAGCGCUCCAGCCUCUGCACGUAUUGAGACCGACCCUUCUCAGGACGCGGCCUGGCAAAUGCAAAGUUCAGUCCGCCAUGUGCCAGGGCCCAGUAGCCACACACACUCGGCCAGUGCCAACCCUCAAGCUGGUCUCGACUUUGGCCCACCUCCAGCGGCUUAUCACCGUGACCGAAGCACCAGCAAUGGUAGUCAGCCAAAUGCUCUCGCCAGUGCCGGUGCCAGCGCCAGUGCCAGUGCCCCCGAUGGUCAAUCACAAAAUGUUGCAUAUCGACCGCGUCCAAGUCCAGGUGCCAUGGGCGUUACUGGAUAG